GCGGCGCUGGAGCGACUUGUGCAGUUUUUCCAAGCAGUGGUUUCGUGUGCCAGCACAGCGGAGUCGAGAUGUCUGGACGCGGGAAGCAAGGAGGCAAGGCUCGGGCCAAGGCCAAGUCGCGCUCGUCCCGCGCUGGACUGCAGUUCCCGGUGGGCCGCGUGCACCGCCUGCUGCGCAAGGGCAACUACGCGGAGCGAGUGGGAGCCGGCGCGCCCGUGUACAUGGCGGCCGUGCUGGAGUACCUGACUGCCGAGAUCCUGGAGUUGGCGGGCAACGCGGCCCGCGACAACAAGAAAACGCGCAUCAUCCCGCGGCACUUGCAGCUGGCCAUCCGCAACGACGAGGAGCUGAACAAGCUGCUGGGCAAGGUGACGAUCGCGCAGGGCGGCGUGCUGCCCAACAUCCAGGCCGUGCUGCUGCCCAAGAAGACCGAGAGCCACAAGCCCAAGGGCAAGUAACCGUGCUGCUGCUGCCCGAGUCCUGCUUUGACCUGAACCCAAAGGCUCUUUUAAGAGCCACCUACAACUUCAUAGAAAGAGCUGUUAUUUCUGA